AUGAGAGAUGGUGCGCGACGCCAUGGGUGUGGUGCAAUUUGGUGCAUGCUCCUCGCCUGCGGUGUGGGGUGCUUUGUUGCACCGCCACGUGUGGGGUUGCACCAAGUGAGCCCGCAACGAUGCCGAGCAUGCCUCCGCGUGUCGCUGAAGAAUGUGAGCUUCUGGGAAGUUGCCACCACAGUAGCCAAUGCAGCCAAUAGUACGACAGGUUCAUACCUCAAAGAGGUCAACCGUACAGCCACAGCGUUUCUGCAGAGAAGAGAUGCAGUAGAUCGCGAUGAUGCUAUUGCCAACCUCUGCGAACAGAUGCAAAUAAAAGGUAGACUCUGUCUGGUGCUUGGGGGUAAAAACUUGGGCAAGACAUUGCUCAAGGAAAAGGCUAUUGCUGGAUGCAAGGAAAAAGUGAACAUCCUUUCAGUCAACAUGCGGGAGGCAGACAUGUCUGGCAAGGAUCUGAUGACAGCACUCAACUUGCAACGUCAGAAAUCCCUUGGGUGGGCACGUCUCUUGGUGGAGAUGUUGGGCGCAGGCAUCCGAUUCCCUGUCGACUACGCCCUGAAGAGGACUGGUGGAUUCAGUGAGGCUGGAGCGGCGGCUAAGGAAGUGUUGGAUGUCGCAAUAUCACAUCAUCAAAUCAGCAUCGACAACUUUAUCACCCGAAGCAGGAAGAAGAUCCCGAGCAUCAUCAUCGAUGAAGCAAACGCGGCACUACCAGGUAGUGAUGGAAGCGUUGCAGCUAGAUCAGCUCUGCGAACCAUCACGAGGUGGACCAAGGAGACAAGUCAAGCAAGUGUGAUCAUGGUAUCCUCAGAGCUUGGCUAUCCGUUUCGUCUGCUAGCAAACGGCUUAGACUUGAGCACCAUUGGACAAAUCAUGGUCAUUGGGGAAGUACCAGAGGUUGACAUGCUAAAGAUGCUGAAAGAUGAUUGGGGCAUGGGCGAAGACUUGGCAGAGAUGUUCUACAACUACUUUGGCGGCGACAUUUACACCACCAAGCAGGCUUUGGAGAGCCUCAUUCGCAAGGGGGCUGACUUCGACCCCUUUGCAGUUAUGCAAUGUCCCGGGCUGCCUUCCUGUGUGGAAAAUGCAUCGGCGAGGGCUCACCUCGAGAACAUUGCCAAGCAGGGCUUCUCUUUGGUGAAGAAUGUAAAGACAGACGAAGGUGCUAAAAUGAUUGCGGAUGAAAACGUGGGCGGAGUCAUCAACAAGGGUGCCAUCACCUUCGGUUUACCCACCAUCUUCACUGGCACAAACAAAAAAUGGGCUGUCAUCCCAUCGUCCUACCACAUGAAGCUGCUGAUUGCCCAUGAGCUCCAGAACAUUCCUUUGCCAACAGGUGACACUGGGACUGCACCACCAGCUGUUUGGGUGAGACAAAUCCGCAAGGUGUAG